AUGAUAUUACCACCAUCAGAUCAAAUACUUCAUUCAGUCCAAUCCAAAUAAUGGUUCAAUUCUCGAUGUUAAUCUAAAGUUAAAUUGCAGUAUUUGAAAUCAUCACGUGAAAUUAUGAAUGAUAAUGUUGUUACAAACACAUUUCGUUUAAUAGAUAAAGAUUAAUCAAGUAACUCUAUUCAAAUUUAUUUAUUAGAAACCCUCGAAAUAGAAGAGUUAUAUUCCAUGUUUCUCAAGAAUGGUUAUCCAAUCAACAUCAAUUUGCUUAGGGGCUUUUUUGAGAAAGCAGAUAAAGACAAUAACAGUAUAUAAAUCUUUAUUUAUUCUAGAAUCUAUUGAAUUGGAAGAAUUUAAACAUGUUAUGUAUGAUGAAUAGGCUACAUAAUGUAAAUUACCUUAUUUAAAUAGCUUUUAGAGAAAUGAUGAGAAAAAUGAGAGAAUAAGCCAAAGAAUCUAAUUAUUAUUCUACUGACUUUGUUAGAUUAUUGAGAUAUCUCUCUUAUUGUUAAGACAGAAAUGCUCUGUAAUUCUAAAUCAAUGUAUGUCAUCUUCAAUUACUUAGAAUCAUAGAUUAACAGUAGAAAAGAGAUCAAAAUUAGUAUCUCAAUUGAUAUAGCUCAAUCAUCAAUAUAACUAAGAUUAAUAAAUGAGUGAUGAAUAAUUACAACCCAGGCCAUACAAAAAAAUGACAAGUGAUAGAAAAAUCUUGCCACCUUUAAAUAAACAUUAUGUUGGUAAUUCAAAUCCACCUUCCAUCAUUUAAUCGUAACUUAAAUUAAACUUAAGUGAUGUCCAUAAGAAUUCAGCCUUAUCCUUACCAUCUUAUAAAUCCCCUCAAAAUACAGACAGAAUUGGCAAGUAAUCCUCUAUCAAAUAUCAAAAUUAUAUAAGAAUCAAUAAUAAAAUAUUUAGUAAUAAUAAAAAAUGA